CCACCGAGUCAGUGAUAGUACAAGGAGGCAGCGCUAUAAAUACACACAGCUCCCAGCAGCAAAGCCACACACUCAAUCACUACUCACAGAGACGAGCUGACUCUCAAGAGAUCGAGAUCCAGUCAUGAAGUUCCUUGUGGUUCUUGCUAUCGCCGUGUUCACUGGCUGUCACGCUAACAUCCUGUGGCAGGAUGAGCCAAAGACUGAGUUGGAGGUGGUGAGAGAUGCAUUCUGGGAAUAUGUUGCCAAGGCGACCCAGACCGCUGAGGAAACUCUGGAGAAGGUGAAGCAGUCCCAGCUGGGCCAGGAGCUCAACACCAGAAUCUCGGAGAGUGCCAGCACCGCCACCCAGUACGCGGUGGAGCUGCGCGGUAAGAUGACCCCCAUGGCCCAGGAGGUCCUGGACAAGAUGAGCCGGGACGCCGAGGUCCUGCGGAAGCAGCUCCUGAGCGACCUGCAGGCCCUGAACAGCCAGCUGACUCCGUACGCGGACGAGCUCAACAGCAAGAUCCAGAAGAACAUCGACGAGCUGCGCCAGGCCCUGGACCAGAACUCGGAGACCCUGCGCCAGAGCCUGGCCGUCAGCACCGAGGAGCUGAGGGAGAAGCUGCAGGGGAACGUGGAGGAGCUUCGUGCCCAGCUCAGCCCCUACGCCGUCGAGCUCCAAGACAAGAUCACCCAGCGUCUGGAGGAGUUCCAGCAGAAGAUGGGGCCCCUGACCCAGACCCUGCAGGAGAGGAUGAGCCAGGCUGCCCAGGAGGUGCGGGUGAACCUCACCCCCUACGCUGAGGACCUCCAGCAGAAGCUGAACCCCUACGCAGAGGAUCUGCAGGCUCAGCUCUCCUCUCUGUGGGAUUCCUUCCGCCAGAACUUCAACUAAACCACCCCUCUAAGGAGAGAAGAAAUGGUACGCUCCAGCAUUAGCAUUCUCCUGCUCUGCUCUACUGCAGUGGAGCGGAACGCUCGUCGUGGGGCGUACCAUUUCUCUCACAGGGGCUUUAUAAUUUGAUUAAACUUUAAAUGCCCUAGAUUCUCUAGACUCAGUGUUAAGAGCGACAAAUGCCUUCUCGAUGUGUUUUUAUUUAAGAGAUUUCCUGAUGGCUUUUACGAACGCGCUGUAAAUUAUUCUUCUAAUUUAUAAUAAAAUAACAAUUCUAAAUGCA